AUGUAUUUAAUAACGAGCACUCAACACUUGGAAUAUUUUGAUGAUGAAGUAGACGAAAUAGAUGAAAAUGAAAUAGAUUCAUUCGAGGAGAUAUCGAAUCAUUCGGAAUGUAGUUCUUUCUUUGAGAUAUCAACCACGCUGAAUGAUGAUGAAAACGAGACCGAGCAACUAGAAUGCUUUCCAAUUAAUUAUCCACCGAGAAAUAGUCAAUUCAUUAUGGAACCAAUAAUUUUUGAAAGCAAUAAAGAAGAUCAACACGGUGAUAUUUCAAACUUUAUAAAAGAUAAUAAUAAUAAUCAACCUCAUUAUAACAAUAAUGUAAAUCCACAAUUUAUUUAUAAUGAAUUAGAUAGUUGUACAUGGAAUAUACAACAACAACAACAACAACAACAAAAACAAAAACAACCAAUUUCUCAUGCUCACCCUAUUCUUUUACCAUCUUUAAAAGUGGUAACUGUUACAUCAUGA